AAAAGGAGGAAGGACCUGUAUGUAUACAAGUGGGGGGGAAAGAAAACACACAGCUGGGAGAAGAAGUAGAACAGGUGCAGCCUGGCAAGUAUGGCAGCCCCAUUGAGAACUGGGGGAAGCUGGACAGGAGGGAGACUUAUGGACACCAGAAAGACAUUUUGUCAGUUGGUAAAAGCAAAGACACUUCUUUUGUACAUCCACCAGUUAGGCAAAUGGUCAAAGUGUAUGGAGGAACUACCGCUGAGGGGACUGUGCGCAGAGAAGGGCCUCGCUCAGACGCCAUGCGCCCUAAGACGGAGCUCUACAGGGAGCCCCCCAUGCUGUUCCUAAAGGGUGAAAAUGGAGCAGAGCUGAGCAGUCGUUCUCGUUGCAGCCUCCCUUUCUCCAUCCCGCCGCAGGUCAGCCAGCGACCUGAAGUCCUGAUGAGGUCACAUGCAGGAGGCAACACUGCAUGCUGGAGGGAACUCAGAGAGGCCAAUACAAAUCUGUAUCACUCUGCUAGGACUUUGGAUCGAAGGGAUAACCGUUUCGGGGACCAGUCCCCUUUAAUGGCAGCUACAACUCUGGGGCCUUACAGGGCAUCCUGGGCUGACAGCGACGGCAGGGGCACGCUCAUUCGCCCCGGAGCUCCCGUCAGCGGAGGAUUCUCAGGCAUAAUGACCAGGGACAGUCCUCAAGGGGAGAGAUUUAAGACAGUCUCUGUUUCCUUGCCUGCACCUAUUGCCCCCGACAUGUCCAGGCUUCAAAGAAAAGGUCCAAGCCGUACCCUGGACAACAGCGACCUACAUUCCCUCUCUGAGGACCUGAAGAAGGGCAAGGAGGGCCAGGGAGGAACAAUCCAGCGCGCUCCUCCCCGUGACCGAAAGAUGCUCAAGUUCAUCAGUGGCAUUUUCACCAAAAGUACAGCGGUGCCAGCCAGCGUCAGCACCGCACCUCCCCUCUAUCCAGCAGUGGAGAGGGGCUCGAGCGAGGAGGAAGCUACAUGCACCAGCAGUCAAGAAUGGACCAUGAGCCAAACUGUGCAAGAGCUUCACCUGGGUGUUUUGGGAGGUCUGUGCAGUGGGAAGUCCGCUCUGGUCCACAGGCACUUGACAGGAAGUUACCUGCAGGUGGAGAACGCUGAGGGGCGCCAGUGCAUUAAAGACGUCCUUGUUGAUGGACAGAGCCACCUGCUGAUAAUCAGAGAAGAGACAGAACUCCCGGGUGCUCAGUUUGCAAGUUGGGUGGAUGCAGUUAUCUUGGUCUUCAGUUUGGAACAUGAGGCCAGCUUCCAGGAAGUUUACAGAAUCUACCACCAGCUCGCUAUCCACCGGCCCAUUUCUGAGAUACCUUUCAUCGUAGUCGGUACUCAGGAUAAGAUCAGCAGCACCAACCCCCGAGUAAUAGAUGAUGCCAGAGCCAGACAGCUCUGCUCCGAUGUGCGGCGCUGCACGUACUAUGAAACCUGUGCCACGUACGGCCUCAAUGUCAACAGAGUCUUCACUGAUGCUGCUCAGAAGAUCAUGGCAGCCAAGAAGCAAGCUGCUCUGCUGGCUUCCUGUAAAUCUCUCCCGAACUCUCCCAGUCACUCUGGAGGCUCCACCCCAGUGUCUGGUGUCUUUCCAGGACAGGCCAGUAAUGGUGGUCAGAGCAGUGAUUACUCCUCAUCACUUCCCUCCACCCCUGUGAUCAGUCAUAAAGACAUUGGCAAGACAGUGAGAGGGGAAAAGCAGGAGAGUGCCACGCCUGGAUCGGUCCGCAGUGCCACCCGGAAACGCACAUCCAGAUUUGCGGGACGGAGAGGCAGUGACUCAAACAGGAGGAGUGCAGACUUUAAGGGAGAUCUGGGCAGUGGACGCUCCAUUCCCAUCAAACAGGGCAUCUUGCUGAAGCGCAGCGGGAACUCGCUCAACAAAGAGUGGAAGAAGAAGUAUGUCACGCUGUCCAACGACGGCAUACUGUCCUAUCACUCCAGCGUCAAUGACUACAUGCUGAAUGCCCCCGGGAAGGAGAUGGACCUUCUGCGAGUGACAGUAAAGGUGCCUGGAAAGCGACCACCUCGCGCUGUACCCACCGGCGGCCUUCCAGUCGGGCUCAAUGGGCGCGUCAAAGAUGUGCUGGGACCUGAGGGUGUCAGCCCAGUCCCUGUGAGCGCCAGCAGCCUCCUGCAAGUGGAGGAAAUGGAAGGGCUGGGUGGUGCACUGUUCCUGAGGAGCAACAGAGGCGUGCAGCGAUGUCCCUCUACAUUAUCUAACCACGCUCAAAGUGUUGACUCUGCAGUUGAGGGUGUGUCCAGCUCCUCCUCCACCAAAGACGUAGGCUCCUCCUCCCCGCUGACGGACAGGAAGAAGCAUCGCAGGAAGAAGAGCAUGAACCAGAAAGGAGAUGCAACCAUUGGCCAAGCAGAUGCCAAGCGCAAAAUGUGGAAACUUAAAAGCUUUGGUAGCUUAAGAAACGUAAGCAAGACAGACGAGGAUAACUUUGACUUCCUCAUCGUGUCGAGCACCGGCCAGACGUGGCACUUUGAAGCUCAGAGUGUGGAGGAGAGGGACUCCUGGGUCCAAGCCAUUGAGAGUCAGAUCCUGGCCAGCCUGCAGCUAUGUGAGAGCAGCAAAAACAAGGCCCGCAAGAACAGCCAGAGUGAAGCAGUGGUUCUGCAGGCGAUCCGCAACGCCAAGGGGAACAACUUCUGUGUUGACUGUGAUGCUCCAAAUCCAACCUGGGCCAGUCUGAACCUGGGCGCUCUCAUAUGCAUCGAGUGUUCAGGGAUCCACAGAAACCUGGGGACCCACCUGUCGCGCGUUCGCUCGUUGGAUCUUGAUGAUCUGCCACGAGAGCUCACGCUGGUCCUCAGUGCCAUCGGCAACCACAUGGUCAACAGUAUAUGGGAGGCGCGCACGCUGGGCCGCCGUAAACCAGCACCUGAUGCUUCACGUGAGGAACGGGAGUCGUGGAUCAGGGCCAAAUAUGAACAGAAACUGUUUGUGGCGCCGUUGCCCCCUCCCACUCCUGGCGAGGGCCCAGACAUCACACUCUCUGGCCGUCUUCUGCUGGCAGUGAUGGAGCAUAAUCUCCCCAAACUGCUGCUCCUUUUGGCUCACUGCACUAAGGAGGACAUUAAUGCCCCUCUCAGCCUGGCGCUCUCCUGUAGGUCGCUCUUAGCGCUGCGACUGCCCGGCUCUGCCCUGCACGCUGCCUGUCAGCAGGCUGAUGUGGUGAUGACGCAGCUUCUUGUUUGGUAUGGCUGUGAUGUUCGGCACCGGGAUGCUCAGGGCCAGACAGCUCUGGUUCUGGCUCGCAGUGCUGGCAGCCAAGAGUGUGUCGACAUCUUACUGCAGUAUGGUUGCCCAAAUGAACCGGUCGCCUCCUUCUCCGUCGCCACGACAGUUGGUUUUGCAGCAGCCGCCACACCCAGCUUCCCUGUUGCCAUGACGCCGAGCCUGACAGUUGCCACGGCGCUCAAGAUCUCGCACAAAAGCGGCGGCACCAGCUUGAGUUACAGCACCUCUAGAAGAGCAGUGUCAUAAACUAAAUGUGCUGUGGUAAAAUGUGUGUGUGUGUGUGUGUGUGUGUGUGUGUGUGUGUGUGUGUGUGUGUGUGUGUGUGUGUGUGUGUGUGUGUGAGCGUGUCGCUUUGCCCUCAUACAGUCCUGUACCUUCACACAGGCCUGCAGGACUGAUGAACAUGUUGCCAGAUGUUGCACUUCCUGAGGUUUUAAAGGGUGUGUGUGUGUGUGUGUGUAUGUCAGGGAUGAAAAACACACAGGUGAUAACACAGCCACAUUCAGUCUGAUAGAAUGACUUAACCAAAACAAAAAGAGAAAUUUUCCUGACUACACUUUCUACAUAAGAUAAAAUAACAUGACGUUACAUCCUGAUGCCUCUGCAUUCGGAUUCUAUAGGAGUGUAUUGCACUGUAUACCAGCUGGUAUGAUUCAUAUUUCAUGUUGCAGUCAAUAUUCAACUUAAUUCUCCGCUCAGCUAAGAAUGGGAAUUUGCCUUCGGCCUCAAAAAGCUUAUCUGAGCAUCUAGGGCCCAGAAGUAAAUAACUGCAAUAAGUUUACGAUUUCAUAGACAGACGCUAACGCUAAACACAACCACACUUCUUAACUUUAUUGACAACGAAUGUCACUUUUGAAUUCAGAGUGCAUAUACCGUGUUAUGCUCAACACAGCCGGUCGUCCAGUGCAGAAAUAAUGUUGUGUCAGUAAAAAAAAAAAAAAAAAAAACUUUAGUGUGGCUGAAAAGAGAGGCUGCUUUAAAGAUAAUCAAAAUAACUGUAUAGAAAUGCAUUGAUAAAAAUAUUAUAAUUCUAAACAUUUAAAAGUGCUUCAUUUUCGAGAUCGUUAUUGUAUGAUUUGUACAGUUGGUUCUGUGUAUAAAACUCAAAGGGUUACUUGUAGCUGUUCAGAAAUUUCCUGUACAGCAUCUUGGUUUGGUUUUCCUUUAACAACCACCUGAUUAACUCUUUGACAUCCAAGACUGAGAUUUCUAUGUUAUGUUUGUAUCACUGUGUGUGACAUGAACACUGUACAUGACGUGUGCAUUAUGACUCCAGCAGCAGCUCAUCAUCAAGGCCAGUGUAAUACUAGACGUGUAGAUGCCUUGAUUUUGAUUGAAUGUAAACAAAACAGAUGGUAUGAGUUCAUUUUCUCAAACACUGAUGAUGCAGUUUUGGUGGACUGUUUAAUUUUUUUAUUAACUAAUAUUAUUCCUGCUGUGACUAAUAGAAAGUAUGGUUUAAUAGAUUCAAACUCUGCAAAGGUUCUGAUCUAUAAAACUGGGCCUUUGGAUGACUAUGAUUAUAUUUGUAAGUGGAUGAAAAUCAACAUAAAAUAGAGGAAAGUUGCCCAAUUUAAUAUGUUUAAAAAAAGGCAUAAAAAACAACCCUCCUGCAGUACUGUAUGUAUUUUUGUGUUAAUCUGAAGACUCAGCUGAGUGUACAUGUCUGUGAUGUAAGCAUCUCUCUCCAUUUGUAUUUUUUUACUCAUGCAAUGAUUCAUAGAGCAUUCAUUAUCAAUACACUAAGGCUACUGCCCAA